GGCCGGGCCAGGCCGAUGUGGGCCGGCGCUGCGUGGUGGGCGGGGGGCUGCGGGGCCGGGCCGGCGCUGCGGAGCCGCCCGCUCGCGCUCCAGCUCCCGCUCCACCCCAGCCCACCUCCGCGCCGCCAGCCCGCACCGUUGAGGGGCAGCGGCGGGAGCGGCGCCACCGGGAUGCGGCGCGGAGCGGGAGCGGGGCCGCGGCGGCGAUGGCUGCUGCUGGCGGCCCUGCUGGGGGUUCUGUGCUGCGCCGCGGCGGGGGACGGCGGCCGGCGGCGGGCGGCCAGCCUGGGCGAGAUGCUGCGGGAGGUGGAGGCGCUUAUGGAGGACACGCAACACAAGCUGCGCAACGCGGUGCAGGAGAUGGAAGCUGAAGAGGAAGGGGCAAAAAAACUGUCGGAAGUAAACUUUGAAAACUUACCUCCCAACUACCAUAAUGAGUCCAACACGAAAACCAGGAUUGGUAAUAAAACUGUUCAGACUCAUCAAGAAAUUGAUAAGGUUACAGAUAACAAAACUGGAUCAACAGUUUUUUCUGAGACAGUUAUUACAUCUAUAAAAGAUGGAGAAAACAAAAGAAAUCAUGAGUGUAUCAUUGACGAAGAUUGUGAAACAGGGAAAUACUGCCAGUUCUCCACCUUAGAAUACAAGUGUCAGCUCUGUAAAACCCAGCAUACACAUUGCUCACGGGAUGUUGAAUGCUGUGGAGACCAGCUUUGCGUUUGGGGUGAGUGCAGGAAAUCCAUUUCGAAAGGAGAGAACGGCACCAUUUGUGAGAACCAACAUGACUGCAACCCCGGAAUGUGCUGUGCUUUUCAGAAAGAACUACUGUUUCCUGUGUGUACUCCAUUACCUGAAGAAGGUGAACCCUGCCAUGAUCCUUCAAACAGACUUCUCAACCUGAUCACCUGGGAACUGGAACCCGAUGGAGUACUUGAGCGAUGCCCAUGUGCAAGUGGCUUGAUCUGCCAACCUCAGAGCCACAGCACUACAUCUGUGUGUGAACUCUCUGCCAAUGAAACCAGGAAUAAUGAAAAAGAAGAUCCCUUAAUCAUGGAUGAGAUGCCAUUUCUCAGCUUGAUACCCAGAGAUAUUCUUUCUGAUUAUGAAGAAAGCAGUGUGAUUCAGGAAGUGCGUAAAGAAUUAGAAAGUCUGGAGGACCAAGCAGGUUUGAAGCCUGAGCCUGACUCAGCUCAUGACCUGUUUUUGGGAGAUGAAAUUUAAAGUCCAAACACCGGACAGUUUAGUUAGUUAUUUCUAGAAAUUUUUGUCUAGUGUCUUACUUAUAUAAACCCUAAACACAUACAGCUGAUAGAAGGGCAAUAAACAAGGUCUUCAAUGAGCAUCUCUUUCUCUGCACUAAACCUGCAUGUUCAAAUGAUUGUUGAAUUCAUUCAAUCCUUGGACCAAACCUUCUGUCAAAGACAGAUGAGAAAUAGAUCAGUGUUCUUCUGGAUUAGUACCUUCUCCUUGUACAUUAGAAAUAAACUCAUCAGUACUUGUACUCAUUAAAAAAUAUGCAUAAGAAUAAAUAAUCUUAAGUUA